AAUAUAAGUCUCUGGCUUGGCAACAAGUCGGCCGCGGCCACUGAAACAACACUUUAUUUUGUGGCGUUUUGAGAAAGUUCCGUUUACGUUGCGAUUUUGAUUUGGAAUUGGAAGUUAAAUAUAGAGAAAUAUCAACGAUAUUGAUAUUAAUAACAACUUUUUAUGACAAUUUGUCUACGUUUCACUCGCUUCAACGGGCCGCGUUCCCGCCUCUGCCGUCGCGUUCGUGUGUGCGUGUGUGUGCCGCGUACGUACCGCGCACCGUCAGUGUAUGUGUGCAACAGUUAAAACAAUUACAACAAAAUUGAUCACCAUCCACACGCAAAAGCAGAAUCAACAUUGACAGAAGAAACUGUAAUUUUUUCAACAUUUUUUUUCCUGUGGAGCCAAAAAUUUGACUAACUUUGUGCAAGCGAACAAAAAGCGAGGAGAACCAGUGGAAGAGACACCGAAGAAGCAGAAAAGACAGAAUAAGAGGAAGAAGGAACAAAAAUAACAAAAUGGGAGAACGGACGCCGCCGCUGUCCCUUGUCUGGGCAGCGCUGCUGAUGUGCAGCUGCUCGCUAAUAGAGCUAAGCCACGCGGAUCUGGUGCCCAGUCUAGAGAUUCUGCCGAUGCAGGAGGUCCAACGCAAGCCGGUGGGCAAGUCCCUGAUUCUCACCUGCCGACCCACAGUGCCCGAGCCAGCCUUGGUGGCCGAUCUGCAAUGGAAGGACAACAUGAACAACACCAUUCUGCCCAAGCCGCCCAAUUAUGAUCCACUGUACGAUUCCAAGGGGAAUAGAAGGAAAGCAACGGGACGAAACCAGCCACCCAUGUACACGGAGACGCUGCCCGGCGAGAGCCUUGCCUUGAUGAUUCCCUCCCUGACUGUGGAGAUGGGCGGCAAGUACUACUGCACUGCGUCCUAUGCAAAUACCGAAAUUCUCGAGACGAGCGUCACAAUUACAACUUAUGUGGCCAUUACCUGGACAAAUGCCCCAGAAAAUCAAUAUCCGACCCUGGGCCAAGAUUACGUGGUCAUGUGCGAGGUAAAGGCCGAUCCCAAUCCGACCAUUGACUGGCUACGCAACGGAGAUCCGAUCCGCACCGGCGAUAAGUAUGUGGUGCAGACCCAUGGCCUGCUCAUCCAUGAUGUUCAGGAGACGGACGAGGGCAUCUACACGUGCCGUGCGGCUGUCAUCGACACGGGAGAGCUGCUGGAGCGCACCAUUCGCGUGGAGGUAUUCAUUCAGCCGGUGAUUGUCAGUCUGCCGGCAACGAUGGAGGCCAUCGAGGGCAAACCCUUUGCCGCCAACUGCACGGCCACCGGUAAGCCAGUGCCGGAGAUCAGCUGGAUCCGGGAUGCCACACAGCUGAAUGUGGCCACCGCCGAUCGCUUCCAGGUGAAUCCACAGACGGGUCUGGUCACAAUCAACUCAGUGCGGGAGGACGACUACGGCACCUACACCUGUCUGGCCAAGAACAAGGCUGGCGUUGUGGAUCAGAAGACCAAGCUGAAUGUCCUGGUACGCCCUGCCAUCUACGAGCUGUACAAUGUGACUGGCAGCAGGACCAAGGAGAUUGCCAUCACCUGUCGGGCCAAGGGACGUCCCGCACCGGCCAUCACCUUCCGCCGCUGGGGCACCCAGGAAGAGUACUCACCCGGCGUCCAGGUCGACGAUGUGCGAAUUGUUUUGGAGCGCUACUUUGACGAGGAUCGCGGCGAGAGCUCUGGCACCCUGCGCAUCGCCAACGCUGAGAGAACCGACGACGGCCUGUACCAGUGCAUUGCAAAGAACAAGGGCGCCGAAGCCUUCAAGACGGGACACAUCACGGUGGAGUUUGGGCCGGACUUUAGCCAGAUGAAGGAGCUGCCGCCGGUGUUCACGUGGGACCAGCGCAAGGCGAAUCUCAGCUGCCUGGCCAUGGGCAUACCGAACGCCACCAUCGAGUGGCACUGGAACGGCCGCAAGAUCAAGGAGCUGUACGACACAAAUCUUAAGAUCGUCGGAACCGGACCCCGCAGCGACCUCAUCGUCCACCCUGUGACCCGUCAGUACUACUCCGCCUACAAGUGCAUUGCCACCAAUAUCCAUGGGACCGCCGAGCACGACAUGCAGCUGAAGGAGGCCCGCGUCCCGGAGUUCGUAUCGGCGGCAGUGCCGCGCCAGCUGACGGCCACCACCAUAACAUUUGACAUACGCGGCCCACCCACCGAACUGGGACUGCCCAUCCUGGCCUUCAGCGUGCAGUACAAGGAGGCCCUUAAUCCCGACUGGUCCACGGCGUACAACCGCAGCUGGUCGCCCGAUUCCCCGUACAUUGUCGAGGGUCUGCGCCCCCAGACCGAAUACAGCUUCCGUUUUGCAGCCAGGAACCAGGUGGGUCUCGGCAACUGGGGCGUCAACCAGAAGCAGUCCACGCCGCGCCGCUCCGCACCCGAGGAACCCAAGCCCCUGCACAAUCCUGUCCAGCAUGACAAGGAGGAGCCCGUGGUCGUGUCGCCCUACUCUGAUCACUUUGAGCUGCGCUGGGGAGUGCCCGCCGACAACGGGGAGCCGAUCGAUCGCUACCAGAUCAAGUAUUGUCCGGGCAUGAAGAUCAGUGGCUCUUGGACCGAGCUGGAGGACAGAUGCAAUACGGUGGAUGUGGUCGAGACCACAUCGUAUGAGAUGACCGACCUCAAUGGGAACACGUACUACCGCAUCGAGCUGAAGGCGCAUAAUGCCAUCGGCUACUCGUCGCCGGCAUCGAUCAUCAUGAAGACGACACGAGGUAUCGAUGUGAUCCAAGUGGCCGAACGCCAGGUGCUCUCCUCCGCAGCCAUCGUGGGCAUUGCCGUGGGCGGUGUCCUGCUGCUGCUCUUCAUCGUGGACCUACUCUGCUGCGUUACCGUGCACAUGGGCGUGAUGGCGGCCAUGUGCCGCAAGGCCAAGCGGUCGCCCUCGGAGAUCGAUGACGAGGCCAAGCUGGGAAGUCUUUACGGUUGGCGUUUUCCGCUACCUUAUUGCAGUGGACAGCUGGUUAAGGAGCCGCCACCGUCACCGUUGCCACUGCCGCCGCCAGUAAAGCUGGGCGGCUCGCCCAUGACAUCGCCAUUGGACGAGAAGGAACCGCUGCGCACACCCACCGGCAGCAUCAAGCAGAACUCCACCAUCGAGUUCGAUGGCCGCUUUGUGCACUCGCGCAGCGGGGAGAUCAUUGGCAAGAACUCGGCGGUGUAAGUGGGCCCACGAGAGGAGAGGAGAGAGCCCACGAACACCUCACAGCGUGCACAAACGAUACAGGAGGAUGAAUGUCGUCUAGAGAAUGUAUUCUAGAACGAGAACGAGAACGAGAACAAGCCAAAGCCACAGCUGGGGGACAACAACACAUGGGAGCAUCGAUACAAUAUCGAUGAUGAUUGAUUGAUUGAUGAAUGGAUUGUUUGCAAACUGAGUUGGUUUUACUUUACUUUCGUACACAGCGUAACUCUUACUAAAUGUCUUACUACAUAUAAUACAAUACGAUAUCCAAUGCUACACAUCUACACACUUACACAUAGCACUCUAAGCUCGACUCGACAAAAACCAAACAAAA